CGAAAGUUUAAAUUUUUACCAAGUGGAAUAUGAAUGAACGGCAUGGCAGCAGGAUAUCAGGCAUUGAAUACUUAGGAAGAAACAGUGAACUCGAAAUUGUGGAAUCAACUGAUAUUUGAUAUUUGCUGUGAUACAGUGUCCUAGUCCUAUAUACAUACUAUAUAUACUCGUAUAGCAUAAUAAAAAGCUGCAACAUGAGGUUUCCUAGUUUUUUAAUAAAUACAGUGCGAUCGGGCAUAUUCCUAAAAGAAUACCGUCGACAGUUGUGGGUCACAUUAAGUGCCACUCUCAUUACAUUGUGCCAUGGCAUAGCCCUGGGUUGGUUUUCGCCGAUGUUGCCAAUUCUGCUGUCGCCAGAGAAAACGCCUUUGAAUUUCGAGAUCGAUGUUAAUGAGGCAUCCUGGAUGGGCGCCGUAAUAAGUUUGGGCGGUGUGACGGGAAACUUUUUGUUCUCCUUUCUGAUGAGUCGGUUUGGGCGAAAAGUAUCACUUUAUGGACUGGCAGUGCCAAAUACGUGCAUUUGGAUCUUGUUUUAUUUCGCACAAUCCAUCGAAUGGUUGUAUGUGGCACGCGUCUGUGCGGGCAUUACCGGUGGCGGCACCUUUGUGGUUUUGCCCACGUUUAUUGGCGAAAUAGCCGGCAAUAGUGUGCGUGGUCGCCUGAGCUCAUUCUUUACGCUGACCAUCAAUACGGGUACCCUGGUGGGAUUCAUUAUAGCCGCACACGUGCCCUAUCAUGUCAUACCGUGUGUCAUUAUUGUGCUGCCACUGACCUAUGCCCUGUUAACGACACGCUUCCCCGAAACACCGCAGCAAUUGCUGCGCUGGGGUCGUGUGGAGGAGGCGCAGAGUUCGCUGAAAUUCUAUCGCAAUUAUGAUGAAAAACUGCAGCAGAAGGAUCAGGAGCGGGCCUACCAGAAGCAGUUCGAUGAAAUGCGAGAGGCAAUUAUGCAGCAGUCCAAAAACUCAGACAGCCCGUCGCUCAGGAUGAGUGAUAUUUGUAACAAGCGUGCCAUUAAGGCCAUAGUUACGGGACUGGUCCUCAUGAUAGCUGGCACCUUUGGCGGCACAUUUGCAUUCAUUAACUACAUGUCGAAUAUUUUUGGAGCGGUGCGCACGCAGCUGGACCCAAACACGAAUACCAUCAUUAUUGGAGUGGUGCAGAUAAUCGGCACACUGGCCUCCAUAUAUCUGGUGGACAGAUAUGGGCGCAAGAUAUUGCUCAUAAUAUCGUGUGCGGGCUGUGGACUGAGCACUGCAGCGUUCGGCACCUACGCCUUCUUUGCGGAGGAAACGGAUGCAGAUCUGUCGGCAUACUCGGCCUGGCUGCCCGUCACCAUUAUGGCCUUUGUUAUUUUUCUGGCCAACGUGGGCAUCACGUCCGUCACCAUGGUGGUUCUGGUGGAGAUACUGCCGCAAAAGAUUCGAGCGAUUGCCACCAGCAUCUGUCUGGGCUGUCUCAGCGGCUUUGCCUUCACAUCGCUGAAGGCGUUCCCAUUGCUGAUGCACUAUGUCGGCCUGGCUGCCACCAUGUGGCUGUGCGCCACAGUCUGUGCCUUCUGUUUGUUCUAUGUGAGCAUAUUUCUGGAGGAGACGAAAGGACGACCGCUGUACCAGACUGAUGCCAACUAAUUGCUAAUCUAUCUAUCUAAUACGCACCUACAAAUAAAAAUGUGCUCGUCACCCACUGUGAAUCUUCACACAAAAA